AUGGCACCAAAGCGCUCCCCUCAUCUCCCUCGUCCUCCCCUGCCCCCAAUACCUGUUCUUGAACAACAAUUCCACCUCAGGCCACCCUCUUCUUCACCCUUCCCAACCCACUUGCCCUCAUUAUUGUUCAGGGAGCCUGGCCCCCCAUGGAACAGCUUUAGAGACUUUGUGCUCGAUAGCUUACACCAUCAAGGCUGCAAUCCCGUCAACCCUGCGGAUGUAUCAUCUAUUACCCAACAACUAACAUCCAUCUUAUCCAAGAUCGGACAACAUUAUCGAACGUACCAGGUGGUUCCAUCAUGGGACACCUUAUCUGGACUGAUCGCUGGUCAGAAGACACCCUCCUACUUCCCUUCGCGUAACUCAUCGUCAUUAGUUGAACCAUGUCUUUUCACGGCCGAAUUUUGUCGAGAGGAAACUCCACCCAAUGGAGAGGAGGAAACUCCACCACAUGGAGAAGGGGAACCUCCACCGCAUGAGGAAACCGAUCAUGACAACCCCAACAAUCUGACACCACUGUCUGAGGAGCUUGGCAAUGAUAUCGAUGGGCUCAAUAACAUAUACGAUCUCUACAACUUCGAUGCCGUCCACAACGUAUCCCCUGUCCAUAUCUCAACUCUCACGGAGGACGGAUACGACUUCUGUGAGACCAAAGAGCUGGACAUGUCGAAUCUCGGUCCUCUCCAUUGCAACUGCGAAGGGGUCCCCCUGGUUCACGAUUGCCCAUUAACUGCAGUAUUCGAUGCUAUUUCACCAAGGCUGUUUACCUUUAUGGAGGAUAUGUAG